AUGCUCUUUGGGUGCAUAAUUUGCGCUUUGCUGCCAGUGAGCCUCGUCCUGUUUUCUUACCUGAUCUACAGCUUUUCCCUGGAGUCGUGGAAGGAUUGCGAUGUACCGCUGCGAGUCUGGUUUUAUGUGGCCAUGUUCAACAUUGCAUACCACAUCAACCUGGGGGGACGAUCCCUUCACCGACAGGUGAUCAGGACUGUGUGCAGGUAUCAGGCGCCUGAGCAGAGCCUGGAGAUUCCCCCCACGCGUGUGAGGUUCUACCACUGGUUGACCACUGUCUUUGUCUUCUCGUGGCAUUGCAUUGGUCUGCACUGGACUCGCAUCAGUCUAUCGUGCCACCAAACUGCUCCGAAUAUGUUCAUGGCCACGUACCUCUUUGCUUCUUUCAAUGUUUUCUUCACAAUCUUCACGGUGGUGUCUACCUACGGGUUGCAACACAUGUUGGCUUCUCUCCUCCGCCGAGGCCUCCUUCCAUCCUCGAUGGUAGACCGCGCAGCCCCAGAGGGUACUCUGGACCUGCAGCAGACCGUGACAUUCAACCCUCUGGAGUUUGGCGAUGCAUUGCAAUGUCCAAUUUGCAUGGAGGACUUCAACAAGGAGCAUGCAAUCAAGAAGACGGUCUGUGGCCACUACUUCCACGAGGGUUGCUUGAUCCACUGGCUGAAAGUCAAUCGAAAUUGCCCUCUGUGCCGGAGGGAUCUUGCGAGUGCCCUAUCAUGUAGGUUGGUGGGAAAUAUGGUGUCUAUCUGCCGCAGCUUCGCAAAGCUUCCUGACCUGACCUUUUUGACGGCCACGGUUUCAGGUAGCUGGUAG